AGUAGGUGAACAAGGCAGUGUUCUACCUGCUUACGACGCGGUAGCCUUCAACGUCCACAUGUCAUUCUCACCAGCAUCCAUCGCCCACAGCCAUGAAGAUCAUCAUAGUCGGCGCAGGCGUCGCAGGUCUCUCGGCAUACCUGAAACUGCGAAAAGUCCUCCCUGAUACAGACUCGCACACAUUUACAAUAUUCGAAUCUCACAAAGACGACGAAACCCAGGUCCAAUCUACAUCGGAUCGAAACGAGCUCAGCGACUCUGCCGCAAUUGUCGGCAACAGCAUCGUUCUGUCUCCCAGCAGUAUACGACUAUUGGCGCAGAUCGACCCGGAGCUGUACACCCGAUUCAAGGGUCGAGGUUACGAGAACCACAAUUUCAGGAUCAGAACUGCGCGAGGGCAUGAGAUUGCUCUUCUGCCGACGAAAGAUGAUGUGCUGCCAGUUGAGGCUGCGAUCUCAUGCCCGAGAUAUGUCCUUUGGGAAUGCUUACAAGAGGUCGUAGGGAAGGACGAUAUUCAACAAGGCAAAGUCGUUGCGGUAGAUGUUCUGCAUGGCCAGAAGCCAGCGGUGAGGCUUGCGAACGGAGAAUUACAUGAAGCCGAUCUUGUGAUUGGCGCAGACGGCGUGCACAGUGUUGUCAAGAAAGGUCUUUUCGGAAAAGAGAAUGAAGACAGAUACGCACCACAAUUUGAGGGCUUCCGCGGCGUGGGAGCAUUCCUCGACAUGGACAUUCCCGACUCCGUCUCGACACACGACAGCAUCGUGGUGACAUUCGGUCCAACGGGCUCCUUUGGGUACUGCUCUUCCGCACCGGCUUCCCACAAAAGGGUCGGAUGGUGGUCCAAUUGGAGAACAACCGAGCCUCCUCUGAGCAGCUUCAUGGAUGCCGAAGAAAUCCAAGCAGGAUUGUACGAUCGCCACAAAACCUGGAAAGAUCCCGUCAUCCAAGCAUGCAUCAAGACAACCACCACAGACCGAAUCUACCCCUUAUGGACAACACCAGACCUGCCUCACUGGGGCACGAACGGAGUCGUUCUGCUCGGUGAUUCUGCUCACACUUUGCAAGCGACAAGCGGACAGGGCGCUGCUCAGGCGCUGGAAGAUGUGGUGACAUUCUCACUCUUGCUCGCCCACUUCACGGCAAAGGCACAGCAAAGCGAAGCUGAACUGAGCGUCGAGCAAGCCAUCGAUGCAGCUUCCAAAGGACUGUUCGAGAUCCGCCAUGCACGAGUGCGCAACAUACGGACACGCGCUCGGAACUUGUAUGCGAGUCGAGGCAGAAUUGACAACGUGGUUUUGGAAUACUUGUACUACGCGUACCUGUACGCGGUCACGAAUGUUCGAUUCAUCGGUAAAGUGGACCUUUGGCCAUUCCCUGAUGCAGCAUACUGA